UCCGACAGUUAGUCCAGAAUCAGACGCAGACGCAGACUCGGACCCGGACUCGAUCUGCGACUCGUCAGAGUCGCCAGACCGGGAUAAGGAGGACGACGAGUCGUGCUGGGUCGUCUCAUGUUCACAUUCAUGUCCAUGUUCAUCUUCACGGGUUGGACGGCGGAGUGGGGAAGGUUGAUGUCGUUGUCAGUGGGCUCAACUUCGGAGGAAAGGAUGUUAGCGACAUCGAUGUCAGCGGAUCAGGGUCAGGAUGAUGCACAAGGCCUAGAUCCGACUCUCACGCUGGCAGUGCAUCUGGUACGGAAAGGAUUCAUCGGAAGGAAGUUGACGAUGAUGAUGACCAGCAGCAAGGACGAUCUAGACGAUGAGAUCUAUGCCAACCAGUCGUCCGAUUCGGGUAGUUUCUUUGGUGGUCCUUAG